AGCGGUUACAUGAUACGUAAUUUUAUAAUGUUUUUAUGCAAAACAUUACGCUAUUGUUCAAGAUCAGUGUUUUGCCUUAAUUUUUAAUACGUGAAUACUUGCGUAAAAUAUUUGCUAGCUUCAUUUUGAAAUAAACACAGAAGUUAGAAUAAAUCAUAUAAAACUUAUAAAAUAGCUAGAAUAUUAAUUUUAUUCCAAUCUCAAAAGGAUCGAUCGUAUUAAAAUUAAAUUUGUAAUUAGUUGAGUUUCUCUAACAGCAGAAAUAAUUUUAACCUUCGGCAUUGUACAUCAAAAAGGUAGUAUUUAAUAAGCAACAUCAAAUGGCGAAACAGUUAUCUCUAAUAAAUGGGGCAAAUGGAAGUCAAAAGUUUUCGUCGUAAGAAUUGCGUUCUAAAUAAUUAUAAUAAUCAUGUUUAUUUUAACACUAAGCAUAAAAAUGACUUUUGCAUUUUCCCGCCAGCUUAAGGUCAUUCACCUUACAACAGCUUCAGACCAUCAGCUGGCUCUUUUGCUGGGAAAUAAAUUUAAUAUUUUGGUGUAUUAAAUAAUAAUUAAGUAAACAUGUAGUGUUAAGUAGUUGUAUUUAGUGAUAAUAUAAAAACAAAACAUUAAGUAAACAGUGCAAAUGUGAAUAAGGAGCUUCAUUAAGAUGGAAGUCCUGAAUCAAUCUUGUAGAACCUGCCUACGAAAAUUAGACGAUAAGUUUUACGGUUUGGAUCAUAUAGAACAGUUUGAAGACAUCACUUUGACGGCAAAAUUGUUAGCGUGUGUUCCAGAAAUGAACCUGGACAGCUGGAGUGCAUCUUUAUGUUUUUCAUGUACAGCUACAUUAAGGCUGGCUUAUGAAUUUCGAAAAAUGUGUCUUGCGACAGAAGUGCGUAUUCAAAAUGAAUAUCAAUAUCAGGUUUCUGAUAACAAAAUCUCAGUUUUUGAACAGCCAAUUGUAAAAACAGAGCCUCUUUCUUUAAAUGAGUCCAAAUCAGUUGAGGUAAAAGUCGAGGAAACUUACUUAGACGAGGAUGAAGACGAUUGGCUAAGGGCCAAUGGUUACUUUAAUACUAAUUCUGACGAUAAAGAUACUGACAUUGACGACACAUUUGAAGAGACUGAUACAGCAGAAUCAGAUGCAUACGAAUGCAUCUCUCAUAACCCCCAGUUACAAAACUCAACUGAUGAAAGAAACAAUACUAGUGAUCAUACUAAUUUCGAAUCUGAUACAGAGAGCAUCAUUAGGAAAUCUUGUGAAAAUAUAAAGUUUUUGAAGGAACGGAAUAUUAUUCCCGAAAACCUCCAGUGUCACGUAACCAUUGAAAAAUUACCAGAAAGCUAUAGUAAUGCUGCAAUUGAAGAUACUUUAGCUACAAACAGUGAAAAUGAUGAACCGAAUGAUUUUUAUUCAUGUGAUCAGUGUGCGGGCAAAUUUUCAAUUUCUAGUUAUUGGGAACAUUUAAAGUACGAAUGUGUUCAUACAUGUGAAAUUUGCAAUAAACAACAUAAUGGUCAGUUUCAGCACUUACAACAUAUGAAAGAACAUAAAGAAACAGAAAGAAAAUGUUCUUACUGCGAUCGAGUAUUCUUUACCAAGAUGAGCUAUGCAAAGCAUCAAGUGUAUCACAAGAAUAGACUGUGUCUUGAUUGUAAUUUACAUUUUACUACAAGAAAGGAGCUUUAUGAUCAUAAGGAAGAACAUAAAAAACAGGAUAGCGUUAACAAAAAAAAAUUAGGUAAUCAGGCGACGCAUGUACAUGUUUCCACGCCUUCUACAUCCGAAGAACAGUUUCGUCGCAUAAUCGUAUCUGAAGAUGUUUUUGAGAAAGCAGUCAAAUCGUUUUCAACUGAUUUUUUUGACGAAAAACCACCCAUCAUUGAGAAAUAUUGCUGCUCAGGGAAUUGCAACUGUGCAAAUAAAAAUUUCAAGUAUGGUGAAAGUUCUGAAUCCUCUGAAGAAUUGCCUGGUAUUUUGCCUUUUAAAAACAAUGACAAUGAUUUACUAUUUGUCUCCGAUUCGGUUAGAAAAUGUAAAGAGAUCGCAAAAAAAAAUAUAAAAAGAAUUAUGUCACGUGCAGAAUAUAGAAAACGUAUACUAAAACAAGGGUUUUAUGGAAAUGGAAUAGCUUCUGAACAUAACUAUUGUAAACAAUAUUUUCUGCCCAAGAAGGAGAGGCAGAAGAAAAAGCACAUAAAAAAAUCAAAUGCGAUUCCUAAAAAUUCUAAUGUGGUAAAAGACUCCUUUAACUUAUACAACGUUUCUAACAUUAAGCAGACUCAAGAUGACAUCCUUCAGCAAGUAAAGAAUUCAGAAACGACCAAUACCGUUCAAAAUUCAAAUGUGGUGAUUGGUAAUAAAAUUAAUGAACAAGUUGUUCCGCCCAAUGAAUGUAAUGAUGAGAACGCUAAAAAGAGUUUUGUUGAAGAUGUUCAUAGAAAAUGUACUAAAGUUAAUCUCUGUAGACCGACUGAUGGGAAUGUCGCACAGGAGCAGAUAGACCUACCCUCGGAAGCGAAUAUGAAUCGUUCCAAAGAAAAUAAUGAAACCAGUUACGCCAAGAUACGUAUUCAAAAAGCAUCGACUGAAUCUUCAGGUAUUAAUAAUAUGUCUCUGGCUGAUCUUUUGAAAGAUACUGUCAAUGUCAAUUCUAAGGUUCGUCAGGGUGUCAAUUCCGAAAUUGUGACCCUUAAGGAUUUAUUAAAUGACUUGGACGAUCCUCCGACGUCUGUUCAUGUAGUCACCCCGUUUAAUGGAACUGUAACUAAUUAUAUAUUUCCAAACUCCACAGAUUUGACGAAACAAUUAACAAUUUUGCUUGAAAAUGGAUGUGUUCCUACUCAAAAACUACCAACCAAAAAAACGCGGCCGAAGAUAUUAAAGGAAGUACUAAAUAAAACUGUUGGUAAUAUUUCAACCCAAUCGCAAAUUUCUACCAAUAAUGUUGAACCUGUUGUUGAUAAUACACGUCAACUUGCAAAAUUACGAGCAGUGCCUGUCCAUGACGAUAAACUGCAAUCCAAUCAAAAGCCUUUAGUGCCAAUUGGAUAUAUAAAUGAUCUACAAACUACUGCAUUUAAUACUUCUGAAAUUUUUGAUAAGAAACCAAUAUUUUGGAAAUCGGAUGUAGCUUGCUCCGAAAUAGAUAAAUCAUUAUUAAAAACCAAUUCUCACAACGAAAUUCCUAAUAACGAGGAACAAAUAGAAUCUUCAACAAAUGAGUCAAAGUCAGUCAAAAUCGUCAUCUCUUCUAGUAGUCAGCACGUCGUUUCCAAUAUGAUAAUGACUACUCCUUUGAUAGCUGAUUCUUUUGCUUUGCAUAUACCAACCGGUAGCACAAAUAAUUUCGUCAGCACUCUUGCACCGAUCCUUGCAAAUAAUCAUUCGACAGAUUCACAGAAGGGUUGUUUGGAAAGUCCAUCAUCUAGCGAAUUAAAUAGUACACUAUGCCCAAAUGGAAAUUUGUUUCAAACUGCAUCAGUUACUUUUCCGUUAAUUGAAUUGAACACUUCCAAUAACCUUAAAAAUCCAGAAAAAUGUUUUUCUAAUGGAAACCCAGAUGAUACUGCCUAUGGUAGACCACAUAAUGAAACUAAUUCAGAAAGAAAUAUUGCUCAACGUACAACAACUUCAACAAAAGGGAGUUUAGGGAAUGAUUUUGAUGAAAUUAUAUCAAGUAAUAGGUUGUACCGUAAAGAGAAUGAUGUGGGGAGCUCAUCGCAUAUUGGUAAUAUUACCGUCAUUCAACCCACUACAAGUGGAACAAAUUCCAACGAAUUUCAAUUUCAUGCCACAAAAGACAAUAUUAAUAAAAUCAGAUCAUCUUAUUUAUCCACAAAAACCAAUGUAAAUGGCAUAUCUUCAACAAAAAAUUAUCCCAAACAAGAUUGCUCAUUAAAAUCGAUUGUUAAUACUAAUUAUACCCCUACAUUAACAAAUAUAGGACCUAAAAAUUAUAAAAAACAAUUGACACCUUUUUCUACUACAUUGCAACAUAUUGAUAAUAAAGAAUGCAGUAGUAAUCCACGUGAAUCUACUGUAAGUGUCAGUAAUGACUCAGUAUUAACAAACACAGCGCCUGCAAAUCAACAGAAAAAGUCAACACAUUUUCCUACCGCCUUGAAUUACGUUGAUCACAAAACAAGUAGUAUUAAUGGAAGUAAAACGACUGUUAGUGUUAAUAAUGACUUAAUAUUGACCAAAUCAGGGUCUACAAAAAAAAUAAAAGAACAAACUACUUUUCCUACUACGUUGAAAUACGAUUAUAGUAAAGAAACUAGUAGUAAUCCAGGUAAAUCUACUGUUCGUGUCAGCAAUGAGUCGACAUUGACAUACACAUCGCCUGCAAAAGAACAAAGAGAAUUAACACCUAUUCCUACUAUUUUCAAUUACGCUAAUAAUAAAAAGAACAGCGGCAAUACAAGUAAGUCGACUAUUACAAAUAAACCGACUGUUAGUGUUAAUAAUGACCCCACCCUGACAAACGCAUCAGCUGUAAAUCAAAAAAAAGAAUCGGCAUCUUUUCCUACUACAUUGAAAUACAGUGAUAAUAAAAGAUAUAGCAGUAAUACAAAUAAACUGACUAUUAGUGCCAGUAAUGGCUCGGUAAUAACAAAAGAAGAGCCUGCAAAUCCACAAAAAGAAUCAACACCUUCUCCUUCCAUACUGAAAUGUUUUAAUAAAAGCAGUAGGAGUAAUAUAGAUAAACCAACCGUUUAUGUAAAUGAUGACUCGAAAAUGGCAAAUGACGAACCUGGAAAUCAACAAAGAAAAUCUACACCUCUUCCUACAACUUUAAAAUUCAUUGAUAAAAAAAGCAAUGAUAAUAAUAACAAACCCACUGUUAAUGUCGACAAUGACUCGGCAUUGACAAGCAAAGGAUCUGCAAAUCAACAAACAAAAUCAUCAUCUUUUCUUACUUCUUUGAAACACGCUAUUAAUAAAAGAAUUUGUAGUGAUACAAAUCAACCGACGGUUGGCAUCAGUAAUAACUCGGAAUUGACAAUUCCAGCUUCUGCAAAUCAACAAGGGGAGUCAAUACCUGCUAUUGAUGAUGAUGUAACUUAUGUUUUGCAAUCCGAUACAGACGAUACCGUGAUUGAUUGUGACCGCAGAAAUAACGAUGUAGAUAAUGUAGUCGAUUUAACCGCAGAUUCGGAUACUUUUUCUGUAAAUUUCAAUUACAUAAGGGGUCAAAUGGAAGAUACUUCCCGCUGUGCUUCUGAAAAUGAAAUUCGUGUAAGUCAUAGUAUUAGAGUGAAAUCAUUUGCUAAAGAAAAACAUGGUGCUGCAACUGUUACUACCCAAAGCAGCGCAGAAAGAUCUUAUGAACAAGAAAAUCAUUUCGGAAAUUUCAGCUCAUCUCAGACAAUACCGAAAGCUCUCAAACCAGUUGUAUCAGUUAUCAGUCCACAAAAUGAGGUAGCAUACGUUCCUGAAACUUUUACAAAUGAAUGUAUAGAUUCAUUGUCGUGUAGUACAAAUUCUGAAAAUAGAAGCACAACAAACGUAGAUAACAUUCAAAAGAGGUCAGCCUCGGAAGAAAACGUAGGUCAUCCCACUGACGUUAUUUCAUUAGCUAAGCGCGAUUAUGAUAGAGAAAUUAAAAAAAUGUUUAAUUUAACUUUUAAACCUCUUUCGUCUUCAACGACAAUUCAGAAAUGUGACGUUCAGGAUAAAGAAACAGAGAAAAACGAAACUAAAAGUGAUGAAACAAAUAAAGAUGAGCAGAGCCAUGUAAGCAAAAUAAAUACUUCGUCAAAUGAUUGUAAAAUGGGAUCAAGAGAAAAUCAUCAUACUGACCAAUCUAGGGAUAACGAAACACAGCUUCAUUCAAAUCUCAAUAACAACUCUAUUCAUGAAAAGAAUGAAUCAUUAAACUAUAUUGAGAGCAGCAUGGUGUUUGAUUCAGAACAACGAUGUUCAACCUUUGAUGAAAGCACUCGUGCAUCAAAGCAUAAAGUGUAUGUUUUAAAUAGAAAUCCACUUGAUUUUAGCGAGCAAGCAGAUAAAUUGAAUUCAGAUUUAGUGAAACCGCUAGUUUCUAAAAGUUCCAGAAGAAAAACAUUCGAUAAAAGGGAAAUUUUGAAAAACGAAAAUACAAUUACAACUGAAUAUAGUGAUUUCGAUACAAUGUCGUCAUCAACGAAAGUGGAGUUAUUUGAUAGCGAAAACGUAAUGGAAACAAGUAAUGAUGAAUGUACUUCAGAAGCUUCUUCGAAAAACGAUGUCGAAUCUGGAAGUUACACCGCAAAACAAAAAGAAAAUAAAUCGUCAAAUCCAAAUGUAAAAAAAUAUGCCAUCAGUGAAAACUCAUUUACUUCUAACCAACCAGUAGUAGAUGAAAGAUUAUGUGAGCAAGCGAGUUCUAAAGAUUUAAAUGAACUUAGUGCAUCGAAUGAAAGUAAUAAUGCAACUCAGCUAAGAAGUUCUAAGAAUAAAUGUUUAUCAAAUGUAGAUUUUGAGUCGUUCCAUCGACAGUUAAAUACAGAUGAGUCGAAAAAAAUGCGUCUUUCUACUAAUGUGAAUUCAAAGUUAAAAAUACGUAGUAAGAAGUUAAAUAAUAAAAGCACGAGUAAGGAUAACAGUGAAUCAAAACUGGGGCAUGUUCAAGAAAAAUGUCCGUUUAAAAAAAUAGAAACUAGAAAGUCAAAGGGGUCUGCGAAUGCAAUUAUAGCACAAAAAAAAACCGACAGUAACGAGCCAGAGAUAGUUACUGAAAAUUUCACCGAAAGAAAAGGAAAAUUUGUAUGCAAAGUUUGUAGAAAAUAUUUCGAUUAUACAUUUCAACGUGAACUUCAUGAGUGUCAGAUUUCCUUUGCUCCUUCUCCCAAAAAAGCAGUAAAGGACACUACUUGUGAAAAAUGUGGAAACGUAUUUACAAAUGAAAUUUUGAAAAAUAUGCAUGUAUGCCAUAUCAGUAGGCCCUCUAGUAGAAAUGGUUGGAAAGAGUCAGUGAAAUGGACAUGUACAGUUUGCAAUAAACGAUUCAGCAGCUACAGACUACUGAAUAUACAUUUGAAUGAUGCGCAUGAAAAACUGGAUGGGGGUUUAACCAUGAGCACCUCUUCUAAAGCAAUACAGCAAUGCUUCUUUUGUAAAAAGUACUUCAAGAAUGGCAUUUAUAGAUUUUUACAUUUACUUCGUCAUUUUUCCUUUCGGAAACACAAUUGUAGAAAGAGUAAAGGAGUAUCACAAAAACAAACGGAUCACAAGAGGCAGUCCGGUAACGUAAGAAAGUACAGAUUGUCGGAACUUGCCGAUGUUCUUCAAAUUGGAAAUAUCAAGUUAAUGAAAAUUUGUAAGCAUAUGCAGAAAGAAGCGUUUUCGAACGUUUUAAAUAAAAUACUAAAUUAUCUACAUUUAGUGAGAUGCAGAAAAUGCAAUAGAAUUUCCGGAGGAUGGUUCAAUGAGACGUUACAAAGCUACUUUAUAAAAUGGAGAUAUUUGCAUAACAAACCAUUAAAUAGUAAAGCUACAAAUAACAGACGAAACUCAGUUAUAAAAGUAAGCCCUAAAAGUGAUGGAAAUUGCAGAUUGCCAAGAAUAGUUACUAACAGAAAAAUAAUCGAAAGAAAUAAAACAACAAAUUUUCUAAAACAAACAAACACAAUUAAAAGUGGGCCAAGCGUGAAUAGGAUAAUAAGUAAGCAAACACUUAUACGAGAACAAAUGCUAAGGGUAAUGAGUGAUCUUGGUUUAAGUGCAAAAGAAAUGAAUACCUUUACUUCAGACGCUUUGAAAAACACAUCAUGUCAAAAGGCAGGUUUUUCUAGAUCUACGGAAGAUGAAAAUGAAUUGUACAAUAAUUCGCCAUCUUCCGAUGAUAUGAAUAAACGACUGUAUCAGUUAUUUAGGGAAAAAGAUGAAAGUCCGAAGCGAGUAACUCUUAAAAACGAGGAAAACAUUAAUAAAAUAGAACAAAAUGUGCAAGUAACGCCAAAUUAUUCACAUCCUAAGCAACCGAUGUGUAAAUACUGUUUGCUAAAAUUUAAAAGUAAACUUACUCUUAAAAUGCAUAAAGAUACUCCAUUACAUAAACAAAAUGUUUCUCUUUUGCAAAAGUCUGAAAAUGAAAUUGAACAAGAGGUGUUGAAAGCUAUAGAUCAACCGCAGACUGUGGAGGACAUCAAAAGAGCGAUAAAGUACACCAUGAAUAAGAUUAAAAUGAUUAAAAAGUAUCAUUGCGAGGUUUGCAGCGAUUCGUUUAUUUCCAGAAAUCAGUUGGAAAUGCACAGAAAAAAACAUAAGAAGCAUGAGUUCCAGAUAUAACUUUUUUAAGCAAAACGUUAGGUUGGUGUUUACUAGAUAUGUAAUAAAAAUCAGUUAUUGUUUAUAUAAAACUUUUUAUUUUUAAUCAUAAACUGGUUUGUAAUUCGUAAAAGAAAAUCGAAUAAAGUUUGUGUUUGUGUG